CUACUCUGGCCGGGUCUCCUCUCGGCGUUCCGGAGGAGUCCCACCAGGCCACCAACCUGCUUCUUCCUCCGCCCCGAUAAGCCCUAAUCGCCACCUCCACCUCCAUGGCGACCACCACCUUUUUCCAUCCGCUCGCCGUCCCCAUCGCCAGCGGUGCCCGCCUUCGUCGUUGUCCCCUCACCCUGCCCACCCCCACCCGCACAACUCCCCGGCGGCCGACGCCCCUCCUCGUCGCCCGCGCCAAGCGCGCUGGCAACCGGACCACUGCCGCCUCCCGGCAGCCCGCGAACCCCAACGCUUCCCCGAAGCGAGAGUCGGAUGAGGAGGUGGAGGUGGAGGAGGAGCUGCCGUGGAUCCAGGACAAGGCGCUGGACCUCGUGGAGUUCACCGGCACCGUCACGCAGGCCAUACCUGGGCCUCGCGUCGGCUCCAGCCCCGUCCCGUGGCUCCUUGCCGUGCCGCUUGCCUACGUUGGUGCCACCUUCGUGCUCUCAGUUGUGCGCACCGUUCGCAAGUUCACCUCCCCGCGCACUCAGAAGAAGAAGAGGGUGACUAAGAAUAUAUUCUUGUUGAAGUCACUAGAUGAGUUGUUUCAGAAGGGCAGGGAAGCAGUGGGGUUUCCAGCUCUCCAAGAGUUAAUGCAAAAGACAGGAUUUGACAUGGAUGAUGUGGUAAGAAAGUACAUCCGAUACACACUGAAUGAAAAACCAUUCAAUCCCGAUGUGGUUGUGGAUCUCAUUCAUCUUAGGAAAGCAUCAAUGUUAGAAGAUGCCGAAGUUGCUGAAAUUCUGAAUGAAAUAUCAAGACGAAUUGUUCGGGAAAAAGGUCCAAUAGUUAUGGACUUAUCUGGAUUUACAGAACAAGGUUUUAAACGGAAACUUGCUGUGCAGACAUUGUUUGGAAAAAUCAUGUACUUAUCAGAGCUCCCGGAGUUCUGUUCUCGCGACAGCUCGCUUGUGGUCAAAGAAAUCUUUGGAGUUACAGAUGAGGAUGCAGACAGCCUUCGCAGUCAUACCCUUUCUGAAACUGGUGAUAUCGAGUCAUUGCAAAGGAUGGUCGAUGAUUCUGACUUUGAACAUGGUACCCCAUCGUCAUCUUGAAGAACCUUGAUGCAAGGAUACUGAGUAUCUUCUAUCAUAGAAGCUUCACGUGAGUUUUUUUAAUAGCUGAAGAAGAGAGGGAUGUCCUGGAUAGGCCGACCACAAGUUUUGUACAUCUUCUAUUAUUAGGAUUGUAGUUUCGGGCAGUGUCUCAGACCUGUCAAUCACCUGAGUAAACAAGAAAUUCGCCAAGAGAACAGUAGCGAUGAGUUCAUAUAAAGCGAUAGAUUUCUAACCUCAUUUGCGCAAAAAAAAAUUGUAAUGAUUUUUCUUUUUGUUCCUGUCCAUGCUUUGCACGAAUGAACCAAUUUUCUAUAAUUCCCUGUUUGUGAUGUGAGAAACGCAAAUCUAGCUUUUGUGCGCUUGGCGAUGCAACUAGGUUAUUCUAGGGUGUGUUUGAUUGGAAGAAUCAAGUGGAAUGUAAUUGAAUGGUUCUAGAUCCACGUAAUGAAAAGGUGUCAUCUUGAUGUUUGAUUGAUGAA